AUGAUGAAUCAUUUUACCAUGAACAUGAAUAUGUCCUUUCCGCAACCUAGGGGGCCCGUCAUGGCUGGCCAUUAUGAGCCACAGCUUGAGCAGCAGCAGCAGCUACUGCAACUGCAGCCGCAGCCGCAGCCGCAGCCGCAUCAACAUCAACCCCAACAGCAACAGUCACAGCAGGCCCAAAUGUACCCUCAUCAAGAUUUUUACCCUAUGAACACGGAUAUGAGCACUGCCAUGCACCCUGCCCAGAAUGGUCAGGGUCCAUCCGCACUAGAGCUGACCUCCCAAAUUUCGUUGCAGCAACAGCAGCAGUAUGAUAUGCAGCACGCCCUUCGCUCGAUCCCAGAAGCCAACCAGUCUGCGGCCUACCACCCCAACGCUGUCAUGCAUUCCAUCAUGGCUGCCACCAACGGAGCUUACCUGCAGAAUACGGGCAUGCCCAUGGACCCCCAAAACCACGGGUUUCCCUAUGACACCACAGGAAUCUCGCAGUCCUACCCAGCCGAUCUUGACUUUUCUGUACCUGCACAGGCCUCGCAUGAUUUUGCACCCUCACAUCCCGAGUUCACAAACUUUGCCGAUUUUAGCGUCGACUACUCUUCCAUCACAGGCGCUGACGCCAACCCCUCCCACUCGGCAGACCUGCAGCAUAGCACAGGCUCGCAAUCCUCGGAUGCAUCACCCUUCUCGGUACCUACAACAGCCGCUGCCUGUCCUGCCCGCGCUGUAGUCGGCCAGACUGCAUGGCCCGAGGGUCUUCAACGUGGAAGAACAUGGCGCUGGCGUUUCGAACCCUUUCACUCUCCUCCGGAAAGCACCCUCCCCCCUCCCCCCUCCCACCUCCCCCCUUUUUGCCAUGGAACCAUCCUCACUCGCGCAGCGCUAUGUUGCCAAACACCACGUCAACAACGCGCUGUUCUUGCAUGCCGCAUCGGCACACCUUCGCUUCUUUGCUGCCGCCCUCGUGCCCCUCUCACGACUCGCCGAGAGAAGACCUGGCUGGGUACCCGCUUCUGA